CGCCCCUUGUGUCACAUGACCGGAAACGAUGGAGGCGGCCAAGAUGGCGUCUCCCAAGAGCGCUCCUAAAGACGCGCAGGUGAUGGCGCAGAUCCUCAAAGACAUGGGCAUCACAGAGUACGAGCCGCGUGUCAUCAACCAGAUGCUGGAGUUCGCCUACAGAUAUGUGACCACCAUCCUGGAGGACGCCAAGAUCUACUCGAGCCACGCCAAGAAGUCGAGCGUGGACGCGGAUGACGUGCGCCUGGCGAUCCAGUGCCGCACCGACCAGUCCUUCACAUCACCCCCACCCCGGGACUUCCUGCUGGACAUUGCCCGGCAGAAGAACCAGACGCCGCUGCCGCUGAUCAAGCCGUACUCGGGCCCGCGGCUGCCGCCCGACAGGUACUGCCUGACCGCCCCCAACUACCGCCUCAAAUCCCUGCAGAAGAAGGUCUCCUCCACAGCAGGGAGAAUCACAGUCCCUCGCCUGAGCGUGGGCGCCGUGAGCAGCAGGCCCAGCACUCCCACUUUGGGCACCCCCUCAGCCCAGACCGUGUCGGUGUCGGCCAAGGUGGGAGCGCCGGUGUCGCUGGCGGGGCAGCGCUUCACUGUCCAGAUCCCGUCCUCGCAGCCCGCUGGCAAGUCAGCCACUCCCACCACUCCCACGGUGCAGAAUGUCCUGAUCAACCCAUCCCUCAUCGGCCCCAAGAACAUCCUGAUCACCACCAACAUGGUCCCGCCUGGCGCCGCCGACCCCAACCCGCUCAAGAGGAAGCACGAGGAUGACGACGACUACGACGCCUUGUGAGGGCCCCCAGCCCUUCCCGUGGGAUCCAUGGAGCCAUUCCCAUGGGAUUCAUGGAGCCAUUCCCAUGGGAUUGAUGGAGCCAUUCCUAUGGGAUUGAUGGAGCCAUUCCCAGGGGAUUCAUGGAGCCAUUCCCAGGGGAUUCAUGGAGCCAUUCCCGUGGGAUCCAUGGAGCCAUUCCCAUGGGAUUCAUGGAGCCAUUCCCAGGGGAUUCAUGGAGCCAUUCCCGUGGGAUCCAUGGAGCCAUUCCCAUGGGAUUCAUGGAGCCAUUCCCGUGGGAUUGAUGGAGCCAUUCCCGUGGGAUUGAUGGAGCCAUUCCCAGGGGAUUCAUGGAGCCAUUCCCAGGGGAUUCAUGGAGCCAUUCCCGUGGGAUUCAUGGAGCCAUUCCCGUGGGAUUCACACGGACUCUGGAGGGUGGGAAUGGGCGGGAAGGCCCCGUUUGGGCCUUGGGAGUGUGGAAAUAAAGAGGAGAGUGUUUGU